CAUAUUUUUCAAAUUUAAGUUCUAGGAGAGCUUGGUGACUCCACGCACAGUAGUUCAUCACCAAAUCUUUCAGACUGAGGUAAAAAUCUAAUGGUAUGUUGAUGGACACCGUGCAACAGAUGCUGAGAAGUGGUCAACAUGCAGUCUCUUGGCAUAUCAGGGUGUUCAGCUACUUAGAAACUUCACUUCUUGUGGGUCUGAUAAAGGUGAUGGCGGAGUCACACUCUCACCCCACUUGCUUUUAGCAUCUAUGAGAGUAAUGACGUCAUGAAAGUUGUUCACAUUUUUGGGUUUGACCAUCACUGAUGAGCACAAUGAACAUUCCUCUCUAAAGAGAGUUUAUUAGCAUUUGGAAAUAAUCCACUUUUAUGGCAACAUCAGAGUGACUGGAGAGGAAACUUCCGAGAGAGCAAAGGUAGAGAGAAGGAGGGCGGAAGAGAACAGAUACAAGGACGCGCAAAGGCAUUUAAGAUUCUUGCAGAACUACAUUCUACAAAAAUGGUUCCCACACAGGCACAGCAGCAUUUUCACACAAAAAUAAUCAUAAUCCGAGCUGUCCUACUAGGCUGAUGAGACUGACAUUUCACUGAUAACACCUAAUCUUUCCCCAGUUCUUUGUCACGUGUUGCACGUUUGCAUGACAAAAGACUUAUCGAAACCCCUCUUUCCCCGUCCUUACUGCUGCAGAUCACAAUGGAAAUGCUCUCAGCCCGACUGCGUAGGGCGCGCUGCACCUGCCCUAUGUGGGACUGAGACUGACAGGUAAAGCUAAAGCCCCGCCCACUGCCAAGUUUCAGUCGGACUUGUUUUCUAGACCAGCUGUUGCGGCUGUCAAAAGUCGUACGUUUCUGUUUCAAUUACUACACUGAGUUUGGGAAUGAGAGCACACACAUCAACAACAGCAGCAGCGAACAUGCCGGACCGAUCAUCUCAGCAGUGGAUGCGGACGUCCUUGCGCACCCCGGGGAUCCUGAUCUUCGGGAUGGUCCUGGCUCCCUGUGGCUGGAUCUUUGACCUGGUCGCCACUGUAGCUCCAAGCUGGAGGACCCUCAACAACCUCCCAAACAACCCACCCGACAAGUUCAUCGAACAAGGCAUCUGGGACAUCUGCAUAGGCUCCACACUCUCCUCCACACUCUCCUGCGGCCAGUCGGACACCACAUACUUCAACAACCAGAUCAUCCCCAUUGCCCGGGGUCUGAUGGUUGCCUCCCUCAUCGUGACUCUAAUCGGGCUGGCCGUGGCCAUCCCGGGGGUCCGCUGCUGGAGGGACAACCCUAACUGGGUAGUGGCCGGCUUGGGAGGAGUGCUGCUUUUCCUCUCAGGCGUCAUGACCAUCAUACCCAUCGCAUGGUACACACACAUCCUCAAGAGCGUCACAACGGUGUCCUCGACCACAGAUGUGCGCGUAGGCUACUGCAUCGUCCUGGGAUAUAUCGGCGGGAUAUUUGAAAUCCUGGCCGGCAUUGUCAUGUUCAUCGGGAUCUGCCGUUGCUGCGGAGGAAAGAACCGAGGGGAGAAACGGGUUAACACCGUGACCGCCCGGUAUGUCCACGAGAUGCCGCCGUCCAGACCGACUGAAGUACCCAGAGCACCCAGAGUGAGCCGAACCAGGAGCCCCCCCAGCAGCACCAGCAGCGUCUCAUACCCCAGAGACUACGUGGAUGAUGAUGUGUCCUUCCCCCGGGCCAAGACCCCGCCGCGCCGUGUAGAACACACCUCCUACAACCGCAGACCGUAUGAUGUCGACCUAUGAGAAGCACAUGCCUCUCACCUGCAGACUAAAACCCACAGCAAAAGGGAAACAACUCGAAGAAGAACAUGGCAAUUGAAAUAAGAGACUGAGACUGGAAAACAUCUAUGGGAAGAAGCAAUGCUAAUAAUAACACAAUGUCUUUAUAAAGUUAGUAACUGUAUUUUUCUAUAAUUUUCUGGAGUAUUCUAACAGUAGACAGGAGGCAAAUACCAUCCUCUCACUGUUGACUGGAGUUAUUCUGAAACCAGAAACUUUCAGCAGUAGGCUGCCAAGACAUUAAACCCUUUAUUAGCCUGUUAUGAAAUAACUCAAGUCACUACUAAGAGAAGCAGAAUCAAGUUAAACACCUCUUUAGUUGUUACAGUGUUUCAUCAGUGGAUCAGUAGGCCUAUCAUUUGAGUUUCAUUCGCAUAUCAGCUUACAGAUGUUGCUAAUUACUGACCUAACUAGAUUAAUUGUAACAUGAUUAUAAUAUAUUGCAGAUGUGCCUCAAGCUGUCCAGUUAUCAGAAGGAGAAUU